CUCUUUGUGGAAUUGGGGGCAGGCGGACACACACACACACACACACACACACACACACACACAGCUGCUCGGAACCAUGACAGAAGAUGACGGAUACAGUUGUCGCGGAGGGACAAGUCAAGUUUAGAGAUGGAAAGAAGUGGAAGACUCGGUGGGUCGUGCUUCGGAAGCCCUCUCCGGUCGCAGACUGUCUGUCUCUGAUGGUGUAUAAAGAGAAGAAGAAGGGGAAGGAGAAGGGCAGCGGCCAUAAGGAGAGGCUCAAUGUAACACUGGAGGGGAUCUGUGGUGUAGAGCCAGGGCCCGGCUAUGAUGGGGUGUCCUACACUCUCUCCAUCCUCUGCCUGGCCCACACACUGGUCCUGGGCUUCAACAGCCGAGAUGCCCUGCUGGCCUGGGAUGCCCGCGUCUGCUACAGCCUGGGAGAAGUCCAUAGGUUCAGUGUCAAUGUCGAACCAGGUACCAAACUGGAAAGUGGCCCCGCCUCCCUACACCUUUGUAACAACCUAUUGGUCCUCACCCGAGGUCUCCCUCCUGUCGUCAUUGGCCACUGGAAGUUGUCGGCAUUGCGUCGGUACGGUGCUGUUCCAAAUGGCUUCGUGUUCGAGGGGGGGACUCGCUGUGGAUACUGGGCUGGUGUUUUCUUCUUGUCCUGUUCAGAUGGAGAACAGAUCAGUUUCCUGUUUGACUGCAUUGUCAGGGGCAUCACCCCCAGCAGAGCCCUGCAUGGCCUACGACCUUCUCUGCCAGACUUCAAUGCUGACCCAGCCUUGGCAGAGGAACGAAUCAGCCAGGAGGCAUCAGAGCUGGAGAAGAGACUCAGCAUGCUGUCUCAGUGCAGCCUAGCAAGCAGCACAGCCUCUUCUUACAGCUGCAGCACAUCUGUUGCCGGGGACGACCAUAGCAGCCUCUCCAGCUCCUCCUCCAGCCAAUCAGAUGCAAGCUACGGGAGCAGACUUCCAUUUUGGGUGGAGCCCUUAGCAAGGCCACACCUCUCCAACGAGCUGGCGUCGAGCUCCUCCACGCUGAAGGCCUUGACCGGUUCAGAUGAUCGGCUUUACGCUGCCGUGAUGGGAGGCUCUGGGACUCAUCCUUCCUCUGCCCAGCGCCAUCCUCGUGGUCUCCAUGACAGCGGGCGGCAGAGCUCAUUAGACAGUGGGAUCGGGAUAGCGACUGGCAGUCAGUCAUCUUACUCAGGGAGCUGCUCCUCGUGCACAGGGAGUCUGGACACGGCCAGCCAGGGAGGAGGAGAGGAGUAUGGCUCUGUGGCUAGCCUACCUGCUCCUCUCCCCUCUUCUCCUCCUCCCCCCUCUUCUCCUCCUCCUCCUCCUCCUCCUCUUCAGUCCACUCUUACCCCAGAGCACAGUUCUGCUACCUCUUCCUCUUCCUGCUCUUGUGCUUCCAGAUCUAGCUCACGUGCAUCUCAAAGACACAGUGAGGAGUACCAGAUCCCUAGCCUGCUCAGACUGCGGUACGAUACCCCCAGGAGCCUCUUCCAGACCCUGUCCCUGAAGGAAACCUCAGCUCAGGGAGACCCACCUGACCAGGGCAGGGACAGCAGGAGCAGUGGGAAUGGAGGGGGUUGUCAGGGGUUGAGCAACAGCUCCACAGGACUGAGGGCUCAGCAUCAGGCCAUGAUGCAGCGCUCGCUCUCAUGGGGCAGUGAGAGGGCGACCUCUGUGGACAGUGAGGGGAGGUCCACACCCAAACCCCUGCUGGCACCUGGAGGCCUGGUUUGUGCGGAGACACAGUGCAAUCAGGGACUAGACAACUACAUUACACCAGAACAGUGGCGGUCAGUGAAGAACAGAUGCUUGACUCAGGUUGCCAGCUCACCACAAUCAGGCCUUUCACCUUCUGCAGAUACACAAGAUCCUCCUCUCCGUGGGAGAGAGGAACAUGAGGACAGCGUGGAUGUUGGUAAUAAGCUGGCAGGUCUGAGCAGGUCGUUGGCCUCUCCGCCACCCUCUGUCCCUCCACCUCUGCCUGUCGCACUGAUCAUGUACAGGCCAACAUCAGCCUGUGGUGUGUUCCAGUCUCCCUGUGAAGCUCCUCCACCUGUGUCCCUGGAAGCCAGGCUCCAUAGUGACAGCACUGUUAAUUAUGUCAACAUCCCCAUUAGCCCCCUGCCGGCUAGAACUAACAGAGAGCUCCUGUACACAGAGCUGGACCUGCUGGAUCCCGGCUCAGCUCCGGUCCCCAGUCCACACAGUGCUGUCAGAGGUAACACUUUGCAGCUCUGCAAACCCAAAGAGGGCUCCAUCAGGUACGCCCACCUCGACAUCACUGCCAUGGAAACGGCUCAGAGAGUGGGGGCGGAGCACGUUCAGGGCAGGGAGGACAGGCUGACUCAGCUGGAGAGCAGGCGGCGAGGGCCACCACACUGACUCUGUGACGCCCAACGCAAUGACACUUUAAAGUAAUUUUCAUAACUGAUUCUCUCCAUCUCUCUGAAUAAGCUAAAAUGCUCAAAUGCAGUUGUUCAUUAUACUUAAAAACACACAGAAGUUUCCGCAAGCAAUCCAUUCCACUACAAAACAAAAAAAAACCUAACAGGAAAUGUCUGGGAAGUCUCUUAUGCAGCUGCCAUCAUGUGUUUUGUUUAUAUGUUGUUAUUUCUCAUAUACUUAGACUUAAAUUAGUGUUGCCCUCUUUCCAUAGAACUGUUUCUUUUUGUUGGCUGCAUGGCACUUAAAAUGCUGAGGCAACUGUUGACGAUGGAACUUUUUUCUGUGUGCCUCUUUUAAGAUUCUUUUGGGAUGACUGUUAUACAUUGACAAAAAUUAUGAGGGGAAGACACCAAACACAAACUGUUUAACACUGAUAUUACAGGUGGAGGACGAAGAUAAACAGCAGCUGUUGUAAUUCGUAGAAAUUUCUUUGGAAUUCAGGCUGGAUUUACCUUCUUCAGACUGUUGUGGUGUGGCUGUAUUUGUUGUUACCGCUCUUACUGAGAGUUACCAACUACCAUUGUUUAAAUUUGUAUCAUUUAUCACAAGUUUGGAGCACAGUAUGAUCACAUAAUGAGAUCAAGCCCUUCUCACUGCGCAGAUACCUGACAAUCGACUGCUAAGAGUCCCAGCUUGCUUGGCAAUCAUUCCACAUAAGAGCUUAAAAGCAUUCGAUUGAAAUAAGCAGCUUAGAGUUAUGUCUUGGGUGCAAAUUACAUUAAUCCAGGCCCAUGUGGCCCAAGCAGGACAUGACUGAGUAAUCAGCCAGCCAGUAACAUUAUUCAUCACCGUAAUCAAUGUCUCUGCUUCUGGUCUUUGCGAGGGCAAGAAUUGAUGAAUGGGAAAGCACAGUGUGUGUUCCAAUUUCUCACUUCCCUGUUGAUAUCAUCAGGACAAAUUGUCCAAUAUUUGACAGUAAUUUAUUUUUAUGGUGGCAGUUCCCCACCGGUGUCUCUGAUGAGGAGGAGAUGAGGAGGAAGAAGCAACAUGAGGAUAAAAAGUUUUACCAAGAACGGCCUGUUAAUGUCACUGCAGGGACUGCUUUUGUCUACAGGAUGUGUAAAUAGUAACAGCUUUUAUUUAUGCCAAGACAAUAUGAAUGAUAUUAAACUAUAUUUUUAAGAUAUUACUGUUUGUAUGUUGUUGGCACAUGUAUCUCAUUGCAUAUUAAAGAUUGCUGUUACAUUUUCA